AAAACUCUUCAGUCACUUAUUUUAGACGAGUCGAAACAGUAAGAGGUACAAACUGAGAACAAGAACAAACAAACCUAUUGUGAUUUGUGACUGAACAGACACAUUACUGACAUUGACAGGAGUGACAGUUUGUGAGUGGUCGAUUCUUCGACUAGGAAAGCAAAUCGAUUUAUAUAAAUAUUUUGUAUUUCUAUGUAAACAUAAAUAUAUAAAUUUAAAUUUACUUAACGUUCAACUUCAACAUAAGUUUCUUUUAUACCUAAACAUAGUGUUAUAAUGUUGCUUACCCGAUUGCUUACAAAGUGAUUUUCGUGGAAGGAGGCUGAGUGAUCAUGGAAAAGAAAUUUGUCUUCAAAUGAUAGACACCUCUCAACAGAAUUUAUAGUUACAGGGUACUCAUUCGGUAUGACUGUCAGCCUACCAAAUAUGCCUGUUGUUAGAAAAUACAGAAAAGAAACCACUGAAAUCAGUGGGUGUUUGAAGUACAUGAUUUUCGGUUUCAAUGUUCUGUUUUGGCUUCUUGGCCUUGGUAUUCUUACAAUAGGAGUGUGGGCUUGGAGUGAAAAAGAUAUUUUCAAUAAUUUAGGAAAAGUAGCGAACAUUGCCUUAGAUCCUGCAUUUGUGCUCAUCUGCAUAGAGAAAAUCCUUGCAAAUGCUUCUUAUUCGUCCAGCAGCAGAACCUCGCUAAAAUUGAUUGAAUGUCACCUACAGACUGGUUUUAGGUUUUUACUCCUCAUAAAAUCUCAGGCCACCAUUGGUUUCCAAACAUUCAUCAUCCAUUAUAGGGAGGAUCCUGAUCAACAAAAUUUGAUAGACUGGAUACAAGAAGAUUGGUUGCAAUGCUGUGGCAUUGAAGGGCCAAAGGAUUGGGAUAGAAACAACUAUUUCAAUUGUUCUUCAAAGGAUGUAGGCAGUAGAGAAGCUUGUGGGGUUCCAUUUUCUUGCUGUAAAAGAAAACCCAAGGAAAUUAUAAAGAACAAACAAUGUGGUUACGAUGUUAGAAAGCCUGGAUUUCCAGGAGAAAGGCAUAUUUUUGAAAGAGGCUGUUUGAGAGCAGGUGAAGAAUGGAUAGAAAGUAACUUAGUUCCUGUAGCAGCUGUUAAUGUUGGAAUUAUGGUGCUACAGACUUUUGAUGUAACGAGAAUAAUAAACGAGCAGGGCUGUCUUGAGGCAAUAGAGGAAUGGACAGAAAAAAAUAUGAUUUCUAUAGCUUCUUGCAUUUUUAUUGUGUUGUUUUUCCACAUAUUGGGCAUCUGCUUCUCACAAAACCUCAGGGCAGACAUUUUUGCUCAAAAGGCAAAGUGGCAUUGACAGUCAAGAACUCCCACUGCGGUCUAGUAUACUAUUUCGUAUCGAAUCGCAUGGGAGCCUCCACCGCAUCAUAUUGAAUUUGUAUAGAAAUUCGUAUAUUUGUCGUGAUUUGUUUGAGAAUAACCAUUUCUCAGUUAAUUCGAAAGUUCUAUUGCAAAUUUAUUGGAUUUGACCAUCAGUACUCUGAAAAUAUAUUUCAAAUUUUGAAAGGCGUAUUUGCAUCAAAUUGUGAUCUGAAAGAAACAUGCUUGUUAAAAUCAUUAGGAUAUUUGUAGUGAUACUUGAAUCUUUGUAUAUCUUCAGAAUGGUUUUGAGUAUUUUUACUGUGAUUAUUAGUUCAUGACUCAACACAACUUUUGAACAAAAUGAAAUAAUGUGAUGCAUUUCUAGUUUUUGGAUUUUUAAGUUUGUUAUUUCAAAGAAAUGGAUCAUAAUUAUUGAAUUAUCAUCUGUUGUGGGCUCACAUGAAGAAAUGUCACUAAAUUAUUCAAUAAUUUUGUGACUUGGGCCAUAGAUAUUAUAAUAUAAGUAUAUGUAAUAUGACUUCACAAUGGAGUAAGUUAGAAAUUGUCAGUAUUGUGUUUGUUCACUUGCAAGGAAACAAAGUUGAUAUUAUUUCUGAAUCAUUCCAAUUUAUUAAAACAAAUAAAAGUUAAAUACAUCUUUGAAAA